AUGUGUUUGCACAAUGGUUUUGCAUUGUUGAGACAUGUAACGGAAGGCAAUCCAAAAUCUCAUAGCCGGAGAUGUAGCCUCCUAAAUGCCAUGACAACCAGUGUCACCAUGGAAACUGACCGAUACUAUUCUGACUCCAUGUCUCAUAAUUCCCGUCACACAUUUGACUCGCCAUCUCGGCUAUUUCCCGCCCGCAUUCUAGUAGUCUUCAUCUCCACCUUAAGCUCUUCUCCCUCUCCACCUAAAGCUCUUCUCCCUCUCAAAUCUAGCUAGAGACAUGUCUUGUCCAAAGCAAGGCAAUUGUUCAGCUGUAUAUAUAAUCGUCUCCCGCAUCUGUAAAUUUUGAUAGGCACGUCCAGGUGUCUUAAAGUAACACUCAGUAAGAUAGCAAGCUAACCACUUUGUUAUUAGGGGCCUUGAUAGUGUUCCUGACUCGCAUCAAUCGUAGACAUGCUCCACCAUUUCAAUGAAGUCUUGUGAAGUAUUAUCGCGAUCAGUACUGACGAUUUGGUCCCGAAUUGCUUUGAUGACCUGUAUUCGUUAAUCAGAAAAUUAGCGAAAUAUAUGUAUCGUUGAGUGAUGAGCGACAUAGCUUGCAAAGUUCGCGCUGCUUGGUGUACUCUGUAUUGUAGAUUGAACGUACCUGUCCUUCGGCUUCCGCCUUCAGCUCCACAAACUGAUAUUUUUCCGCAAUUUGAUAUAUGUCCGCGGAAACAUAAACUGGCAUGUAGUCGUGUCUAUCAAAUAAAUCGCACCAUGAAAACCCGUUGGUGUGGUAUUUCUGAUAAGCGUACUGUAAGACAAGCUCAAGAGCUUCCGGAUCGUCGUCUUUUAAAGUAAUCUCAUUCUGAUUGCGCUC